AUGACCCGGAUCCUUGCCGCCGACGGCGCGUCCGCGCCGCUGACGAUCGAGCGCGUCCUCCUCUGCACGCUGCUGCUCAUCCUCUUCGUCGUCGUCCUCGAGGCCGGCCUGCACAAGCUCACACACGCCUGCAAGCGCCACCACAAGUACUACGAGAUGCUCAACAAGACCACGGGCGAGCUCAUGAUUGUCGGCCUCAUCUACGUCCUCGUGAAAGCUACGACGUACGUCGGCGCCAUCCAGUCGUACGGCGUCGAGUACCACUCGAUGGACGCGGCGGACAUGCUCAUCUUCUUCGUCGCGCUCUUCCUCGUGGCGCAGUCGCUCGUCAUCUUUACGCGUCUCCGGUCGUCCAACUCGAAGAUGGACUCGCUCUCGAUCACGACCGCGUCGGGCUUGCUGCACAUGGCCAAGGAGACGGAGGACGUCAUGGCGGCGGAGCGCGCGUGGUGGUGCCGCCGGCGUCGCGCCACGGGCCGCCUCCAUCGGCUCUGCGAGCACAAGCUCCUCGAAGCUUUCUUCCGCGAGUCGUACGAGCUCCCGAGUGCGUUCUCGUUUGCCAAGUACAUUCGCGAGAUCCAGGACAGCCAGAUUGUGGAUCUCAUCGAGAUUGACUUUACCACCUGGACGCUGCUCCUCGUGCUCAUGGCGUCCUUCUUCGGCUGCACGGGCGAGCUCCAAGCGCACAGCGUGUACCGCAACCAGUUCCAUUUUGACUCGGACGAGUUUGCCGCCGCCGAAGCUCUCGAGCGCAACCGGUUUCCGGUGUUUGGCGUCUUUGCGUCGACGCUGACGCUCGCGAUGACGCUCAUGCUCCUGUACCUCCGCCGGCUCAACCACGCGCUCGUCGUGCACGCGCAGACCAAGGCGCUCGGCCAAGCCGCCGACCCCGAGGGCUACGCGACCUCGCGCAAGGCGACGCGCGAGUCGCUCCUCGAGGCCAUUCGCGCGCUCUCGAUCAGCGAGAGCAGCCAGCCGAUCCUGACUUCAAGCGAGGCCAUCCAACAGAUGCGCGUCGUCUCGGAGGAGGUGCAGAAGGGCGUCAAGCACCGCCACGGCUUCUUGGCGCACAACCUGCUCGUGCAGCUCCUCCUGACGUGCUUCCGCUUCAUCACGUGCGCGCGCCACGCCAGGAGCGCCAACACGCUCCACGCCAAGAACGCCGACCUGCGGCUCCCGCUGCCCUUCUCGCGCAAGGCCGCCCAGUUUUUUCUGCACUUUUUCCUCAUCGUCAACGGCUUGUACUAUGGCAUGCUCCUCACGUGCGUGGUCCCGGCACUGCACGACACAUCGCCGCUGAUUCUGCUGCCGCUGAUGGCACCACUCCUGCUCAACACGUUUGCGCUGGCGCCACGCCUCGUGCGCCACUUUGCACUCCUCGACGGCGCGUGGCAGGUCGACCCGACCAAGCUGUCGCGGGUCAUUGACCAUCUGAGCGAAGUCGAGGAGCUCAAGGGCGCGAUGGUCGAGCAGAUCAACAAGUACCUCACGGAAACCAACCAGGGCGUCGACGACAUCAAGGCUGCGCUCUUCAAGCUCGACGCAGACGACGGCGUGCGCGACGGCUACGUGGACAUUGACGCCUUCCGGAGCACGCUCAACACGUUCGGCUUCAAGUUCUCGCGCCACAAGUUCCACACGCUCGUGCUCCUCGAGUACGAGACGCGCGGCCCGACCGUUAAGUACGAACGCCUCUUGAACGCGCUCCACGCGAAACCAGCGCCCGAGACCACUGUGGUCUAGAUAUCAAGCUGAUAGAUUGCCACGCAUCAAUAAGAAACGAUUUCAUUUCGGAG